CAUUAAGGCAGGCGGGCAGCGGGCGGGCAGGCAGCAGAGCCGGAGCACGCCCGCAGCCAUGAGCGUCCCCGUGGCCAAGUCCUUCUACGACCUGAGCGCCACCUCCUUGCAGGGGGAGAAGGUGGACUUCAACGUCUUCCGGGGCCGCGUGGUCCUCAUCGAGAACGUGGCGUCGCUCUGAGGCACCACGGUGCGGGAUUACACCCAGCUCAACCAGCUGCAGGCUCGCUACCCGCGGCGGCUGGUGGUGCUGGGCUUCCCCUGCAACCAAUUUGGCUACCAGGAGAACGGCACCAACGAGGAGAUCCUCAACUGCCUGAAGCACGUGCGGCCGGGGGGCGGCUUCGAGCCCAACUUCACCCUGUUCCAGAAGUGCCAGGUGAACGGGCAGGACACCCACCCCGUCUUCGCCUACCUGAAAGCCCACCUGCCCGCCCCGGUGGACGAACCCGACCACCUGAUGGCCGAGCCCCGCUUCGUGGUGUGGAGCCCCGUGCGGCGCUCCGACAUCUCCUGGAACUUCGAGAAGUUCCUGGUGGGGCCCGAGGGGGAACCUUUCCGCCGCUACAGCCCCCGCCUGCCCACCGCCCAGCUGGAGCCCGACAUCCAGCGCCUCCUCAAGCUGGCCAAGUAGGGUCGCCCCCCCUACCCCGGGGACGGCCCCGGCCCUCCGCAGGGUGACGGCCCCCUCUGAAACCCCCAGCGGGGAGGGGGCCCGAUGUGGCGGUGAGCCGGGGCCACCGGGGUGGCGGCGCCCAAAUGGGGUCGGCUGCAAUAAAGGAGCUGGAGGCAGCGCCCGAGCAACCCUA